GCAGACCGCGCGGGGAUGGCGCAGGCCUUCCGCGACGUGGAGAUGAGGGGGCUGGUCAGCAAGGUGGAGGCAUCGGACGCGAACGAGAGGCGCGCCCGGGAUCCCGAGAUAAACGCGGCGGAAGAGGCCGCGCCCGCGAUCCAGGGCGCCGCCGGGGCGCGGGCCGUCGCCCGACAGAAGGCCGCCCAGGAUGUCUGGUCAAUGGAGGCGAACGGUGCGAAGAUCGAGAGCGAGGCUCAGGGGGCGCCGCGGAAUGCCCGGGCCGAGAAGAUCGCCGCGGAGGCAUCCGCCUUCCGCGCUGCGCGGCAGAGCACGGCGAUGGCGAAGAUGGCUGGGAAGCCGAUGGCAGACGCCCGACAGGAGGCGGGGAUGCUGGCCGAAACGGCCAGCUCGACCUGCGUUCGGGCGGCCGCGGAGGCACGGGGCGCCCGGGGACAA